CGCAAAGAUGACUACUCCCGAGCCGAAGGGUGUUCCUAAUACGCCGGCCAAAGGCGUUCCGUUCUUUACUCCGGAACAAAACCCUCCGUCAGGGACGGCAUUAGACCCCCAACCGUACGGGAGUCCUAUCCCGAAGCUCUUCACUCCUUUGAAGAUCCGUGGACUCACUCUUCAGAACCGUAUCAUGCUAUCAUCGCUAUGUCAAUACUCGUCAGAAAACGGUUUUCACACCUUAUGGCACACGACUCACCUCGGUGGUAUUAUCCAACGUGGGCCGGGCCUAUCCUUUAUCGAAGGCACAGCCGUCCAAGCGCGAGGCCGUAUCACCCCCGAGGACUCUGGAUUAUGGCUCGAUGCGCACAUGGAACCCAUGAAGCAGCACGUGCUCUUCGCGCACUCCCAGAACCAAAAAAUCGGCAUCCAACUCGCCCACGCCGGCCGCAAAGCCAGCACCGUAGCUCCAUUUCUCUCCCCUCCUGGGCUAGCAACCGCGGAUGUCGGUGGUUGGCCCGACGACGUCGUAGCCCCGAGCGCGAUCCCCUACGCUGAGAACUACGCGCAGCCGCGAGCUCUGUCGCUGGAGGAAAUUGCUCAGAUAAAGGCGGAUUUUGUGGCGGCUGCGAAACGCGCGGUGGCGACCGGGUUCGAUGUCGUCGAAUUAAACGCCGCGCAUGGGUAUUUAUUGCAUAGCUUCUUGUCGCCGGUUACGAACCGCCGGAUUGAUCAAUACGGUGGGAGUUUCGAGAACCGCACCCGGUUAGUAGUAGAGAUUGUGGAUGAGUUCCGCAAGGUCUUACCGGAGGAUAUGCCGCUUUUCCUGCGCAUUAGCGCUACGGAUUGGCUUAAUGAGGUUGAGGAAUACGAGGGCGAAAGCUGGAAAGUUAGCGAUACAGUCCGCCUAGCGGUGAUCCUAGCUGAUCAUGGUGUUGAUUUGAUUGACGUGUCCAGUGGUGGAAUUCAUUCACUGCAGAAGAUUAAGAGAGGACCUGGGUACCAGGCACCGUUCGCCAAGGAGGUCAAACGAGCCGUUGGAGAUAAGUUACUCGUCGCCACUGUAGGCACUAUCACGAGCGGGAGACAAGCCGAGGAUCUCCUCGUCGGUGGGAAGGGAGAAGACGAUACACCACUCGAUAUCGCAGCAGUUGGGCGCAUGUUCCAGAAGAACCCAGGACUGGUCUGGGAUUGGGCUGAAGAGCUUGGUACGGCGAUAUAUCUCGCAGCUCAGAUCGGAUGGGGUUUUGGCGGCAGAGGUACCAAGCAACGCAAGAUUCAGCCUCCAAGAGAGGCUAGGGACCAGAAGGUAUACGACGACCAUGGCCCUAUACCUUAAUACUAUUUCUAGAAAAGGAUAUCCUAAACAGAAUAGGAGGCGCUACGACCCUAUAUAUUUCUUACGCCACGGGCUAUCUGUUUGUUCUGGCCCAUUGACCCAACGGUGUCUUAUCAUACAAUAAUACGAAUGUCAUCGUCCUCAAUAACGUUUCGUAACUAAGCGCCCAAUGUACCUAGACAUUCACGAACUCACUAGGGUAGCUAGCAAGUCCCGAGUACAGAAUAUAGCUAAAUCGGGAUUGUCAUGGCACUAAAACUAAUCAUGAAACAAAGGGAAUACUCAAUUCGUCUAGAA